UCUCAAAUUUAUGUAAUGAAUGACGUGUUGAAAUGUGACCUCUUCUUUCGGCUAAUCCAAACAAUAAUUCAUCAAACAUGAAUGAUUAGAGAUCUGCACAAACAUAGAGAAAGGAGCUACAAACUACAAACUACAAAGGGAAGAGCCACAAAGAGAUGGAAGGAGAGAUCAAGAACUUAACCAAGGUAUGGAUUCUAGCCUUUACUUGUUUGAGCUACUGUUAUCUAAUAACAUCAAGAAUCCCAAAGGGUUUUUUAAGGCUCAUCUCCCUCCUCCCAAUCAUCUACCUCUUCAUCACUCUUCCUUUAAGCCUCUCCUCCUUCCAUCUCACUGGCGUCACCUCUUUCUUUCUCACAUGGCUUGCCAACUUCAAACUCCUCCUCUUUGCCUUCGGUCAAGGCCCCUUAUCUCAACCCAAUAAACUCUUCCAUUUCGUCUUGUUAGCUUCUCUUCCCAUCAAAAUCAAACCAAACCCACCUCCCAAAUCCAAAAAUGACAAAAACCCAUCUCCCCAAAUCUCCAAUCCAAUCCAAAAAUCACAUCAAUUUUCUAACUCUAUCAAACUAGUCAUCAAAAUUGUACUUCUAGUUAUGUUACUUCUAGUCUAUGACUAUAGGAAAUAUUUAUAUCACCAUGUGAUUUUAGCGCUUUAUUGUUGCCACUUGUACAUUGAACUUGAAAUUGUCCUGGCGAUUUGUGCCACCCCUGCUCAUAUUUUUGGCUUUGAGCUUGAGCCACAGUUCAAUGAGCCCUAUCUAACCACCUCACUGCAAGACUUUUGGGGCCGUAGAUGGAACCUAAUGGUCACGAAUAUUCUACGCCCUACUGUAUACUUUCCUGUACAACAUAUAUCUACUCUUAUAGUCGGACAACAGCGGGCCCAGUUGCUAGGUGUCGUUGCCACAUUCGUUGUCUCAGGUCUCAUGCAUGAGGCGCUUUAUUAUUAUCUCACACGCAUGUCUCCCACAUGGGAGGUCACUGGGUUUUUCGUCGUACAAGGAGUGUGUGUAGCUGCUGAGAUUUUGGUUAAGAAAGGCUUGGCUGACCGGUGGCAGUUGCCCUCGAUGGUUUCGGGGCUGUUGACGGUGGUGUUCGUGGCGGUGACUGGUGUUUGGUUGUUUUUCCCUCAACUAUUAAGAAGCAAUUCUGAUGAAAAGGCCCUAGGGGAGUUCUCUGUUUUGGUAGAUUGUAUCAAAAGAGUGCUAAGAAUUGAUAAAUUAACAAUUAAUUAG